AUGGCGGAUAUUGCUGGCAUCCCGGUGCCGGGACAGGCUGUCUUUGGUGAGAUGGCCUCAGUCCACGCCUACGCUCUGCCCCCUUUGCCGUACCCAUACGAUGCCCUCGAGCCACACAUCUCCGCCGAGAUCAUGACCCUGCACCACGACAAGCACCACCAGGCCUACAUUAGCAACCUCAAUGCGCUGCUGACAAACUACUCGUCAGCCGUUGCGCAGGGCCGCGUCGCCGACCAGAUUGCACUGCAGCCCGGUCUGCGUUUCCACGGCGGCGGCCACAUCAACCACGCACUGUUCUGGCCGUCUCUGGCACCAGCCUCGAGCGACGACGCCAAGAAGCCCAAAAAGAAGGCGCCUCAGCUGACGAAAGCACUCACAGCACAAUACGGCGACGUGGAGGGGUUCUGGGCGGCGUUCUCAAAGACACUACUAGGCAUCCAAGGCUCGGGAUGGGGCUGGCUGGUCAAGCUGGACGGGAGCGACAGUCUACGCAUUGUCACGACUAAGGACCAGGACCCUGUCGUGGAUGCAGUGCCGGUGCUAGGCAUUGACAUGUGGGAGCACGCGUACUACCUGCAGUACCGCAAUGGCAAGCAAUCGUACGUAGACAACGUGUGGCAGAUCAUCAACUGGACAACGGCCGAAGCGCGCUUCACAGGCACCCGGGACGAUGCACUGGAUGUCGUUCAAGUGACGCUGUCUGUGUAG